AUGCAGAGUUCAGCUGUUGGUAUACCGUUUUCAAGGUCACCAGUUGUCGACGUGUUUAGUGUCUCCAGCGUCAUCAUGGUUUUACUCGCUGCUGCCAUUUGCACCAAAGAAGGGAAGGCUUUGGUAUCUCGCCAAUUCGUGGAAAUGUCAAAAUCUCGGAUUGAGGGGCUAAUCGCCACCUUCCCGAAACUUGCUGAUCCAGGCAAGCAACACACAUUUGUCGAAACUGACUCUGUUCGUUAUGUUUAUCAACCUCUGGAGAAGCUUUACGUCCUUCUCAUCACCACUAAAGCUAGCAACAUUCUCGAAGACCUGGAAACUCUUCGCCUUUUUGCCCGAGUAAUUCCUGAAUACGCCCGUGGCUCUGAAGCCCCCGACGUAGUUGAGAACGCCUUCCAAAUUAUUUUCGCAUUCGAUGAAAUUGUAGCUCUUGGCUACCGCGAGAGCGUCACUCUGAGUCAGAUCCGCUCUUUCACGGAGAUGGAUUCACAUGAGGAGAAGAUGUUUAAUGCGGUACGGGAGAAUCAAAUGCAGGAGGCUCGCGAGCUGAGUAAGCGGAAGGCUCGCGAACUGGAACUUGCUCGUCAUGCUGCUGUGAAACAAGGAUUACCACCAAGCUCGAUUUACAACAGCUUUUCCGGAGCCAGAGGCGCUGAUACCUUUGCCUCAGAACCGAGUGUUGAGUCUUCUGCUGAUGACCAUCCAGCAGCACCCCUGUUGCCCCGUGAAAACUGGGGAUCGUCACCCGCUGAGCCGCCAACAAGGCGUGGAAUGCAGUUGGGAAGUCGUGGAGGUCAUAUUAAGACAGAAAUGGAUAAGCUCACUGAUAUGAUGCGAAGUGAAGUUCCGUCGAUGAUUUCGAAAUCUGUAAGCUUUGAUGCUCCGAUGGGAGCCGCGGUCACUACCUCAAACCUCCACAUCCGCUUGGAGGAGCGUCUGAUCGCCCAGGCCAAUCGCGAUGGCGGUGUUGAUCUGCUUGAGGUUGGUGGGGUUUUGCACGUUCGCGCGGGCGAUGAGCACACCUCUACCGCUCGCAUUCGCGUCGAUUUGAGCCGCGCCAUUGCGGAUAGCGACAGACGCCCUCCGGCCUCCUUCCAGACCCAUCCCAACAUUGAUAAGGCCACCUUCCAAAAGAACUGUUGGCUGGCGAUAAAACCAGGUGGGAAAGCGUUUCUUGUGGGCAAGGAGGUUGCAGUGCUCAAGUGGCGUCUACAAAGCCAAGCGGAGACUGCCCUGCCCGUGCUCAUCAACUGCUGGCCAGCUGAGAUUGUGGGCGGGUUUGAGGUGAAUGUGGAAUAUGAUUUGCAGGAUACGUCGCUGUCUUUGCAGAACUUUUGCAUCACCAUACCUUUGCCACCAUCCACCAAGCCCCCUGUUGUAAGUGCUUGUGAUGGCGACUAUGAAGUGGAUGCUCGGCGCAGCCAACUUCGCUGGACGCGGCCCCUAGUGGAUGCGGACAACAUCACUGGCAGCCUCGAGUUCACCAUUCGCACCGAUCGCGAGGCAAAGGCUGAUCUCUUCUUUCCCGUCUGCCUCGAUUUCUCUUCGACCACAUCCUAUUGUGGUGUUGAGGUGAUUGAGGCGUUUGAUGUGAACAGCAAACCCGUGAAAUUCUCCACAGAGGUAAAUUUUCAUCCGGAUCGGUAUGAGAUUGUGUAG